AUGUCUCUGCGAAUCUCCGGCCUCAGGAGGCUCUCCUCAGCUCCACGCGCACACCUCUUCACCCGCCGCUCCUUUGCCUCUGUCAACUCCCUUCGGAUUGACUUCACCGAUCCAUUCUCAGGGCCGUCACCUCCUAAGCUACCAAAGGAGGAUCAAGAAGUCUUCGAAAACCUGCAGAAACAAUCGACCGGAGCUUUCUCUUCUGCUCGAACCCCUCCCAAAAUCAACCAGUCCCCGGACUCUACCCCCGCUGAAGCGGAUCAAGCUCAGGAGACAGUCGAAGCUCGAGCCGAAGCGCUGGCAGAUGCACGAAAUGGCGACAUGGAUGCCAGUACGAGUCAAGGUUUCAAGGAUGCGUGGCAAAAGGAGAUCGAAGCGCGUGGCAAAGGCGACGAGCUACAUCCCAAUAUGAGGAGGGGAUCGAAGCCCGAAUUUGAGGGUGAUGUCAAUCCAAAAACAGGCGAAGUUGGUGGGCCGAAGAAUGAGCCGUUGCGAUGGGGUGCUGGAGGCGAGUGGACGUACAACGGAAGGACAACAGAUUUUUAA